GGGCUGGCGGCCCCGCCCGGCUUCCAGGGCCGCGCGGCCGAGGGGCGGUGCCACAGCCCACCUGCCUCAGCCGGCGGGGAGAUCCGCUUUCACCGCACGGACAGACGGUCGGGUAACAGCGGGGACACGGCGAGCCUCGGUCACGCCACAGCCGGAAUGGCGCACGCCGCCUCAAGCCUCCAUGUUUCCCACGUCUCCACGGCUCCGGCUCCGGCUCCUCGGCUCGGCUCCGGCCCGGGAAGCGUCAAGGCGGAGGCCCGGAGGCGGGGACUGAAGAGAGAAGCAAGCGGAGAACGCCGCUGGGGGCCGAACGGCCCAGCGCGCGCCAGCCGGCGGUCACGUGGCGUGCAGCGCGCGGGCUUCUGGGAAGUGUAG